CAAACUAUCUAUAUCACUCUAAAAACACCUUUCAAAGGUUGAGUAACGUAAUCCUCUUCUCCGCCUCCAAAUCAAUAAAUAAACUUUCUGGUUUCCCCAUAUUAAUCUCUUCCUUAAUCGUCUCUACCUACCAUUUUUGUCUUUUCACCUUCUUAAUCAUCCUUCUUAUUUCUCCUUAUUUUCUUGAUUCCUUUUUGUUAAUUCUUUUUCCCCCUUUCUUUCAAUCCACCUUUGUUCAUUGUCUCAAAAAAGAUUGCCUUUUUUGCGACAACCCCAUAAUCUCAAUAUCACAUUUCUAAAGUUGUUGUUUGUACUAUUUAUUUUGAGAAAUUUCAAGGUGGGUAAUUUAUUUUCUGGGGUUGUUGCUGAUUUUGAUUUUUUCAAUGACAAUGAAUUUGGGGUUUCUUUAAUCAGGAAUCAAUCUAUGAUCUCUGCCAUUUCCAUCACUUUUUUAGGCGAUUGUUUUCGUCAAUCUUUCUCUGUAUUGUUUCUCUACCAUUUUUAUGAUUUUUCAUGAAUAGAAAUACCCACUAAAAAGUACUUUUUUUAAAAAAUUUUUUGUUGAAGAACAGACUUUUGUGAUUUGUAUUGGCAUUCUUGAAAUCAUAGAUUUGGGGUACUGUUGAUUUAUAUUGGAGAAAAAAAAAAUGUCACCUUUAAGGCAGAGUGCUAGUUCAUCUGCAUCAGAUGAUGAUCAAAGGUAUGCAGGAAUGGAUGAGAAGAAGAGGAAAAGGAUGAUUUCCAACAGGGAAUCUGCGAGGCGAUCGAGGAUGAAGAAGCAGAAGCUUCUGCAAGAUUUGACAGGGGAAGUGAACAGAUUACAGUCUGCAAAUAAGAAUAUUGUGUCUAAGAUUGACGAGACAACAGAAAGAUAUGCAAUUUGUGCUGCACAGAAUAAUGUGUUGAGGGCACAGGCAAUGGAAUUGACUGAUAGGCUCAGGUAUUUAAAUGAUGUUAUUGACAGUACUGGUUUGGCUGCUGGUGUUGCUGAUCCUUUGUUGAAGCCAUUGCAGAAUCCUUGUCCAAUGCAGCCUAUUGCUUCUUCAGGAUUGUUUAAAUUUUAAUCGUCGUUGUGGCUUGUUUGGAUAGCUUUGCUUCCAUUAGUCCAUAUUUUAGUAGUUUCCUUGGAUGGUAAUGUCAUGUUAGUUAUGCCUUUACUGGUUAUGUUUUAGUGUAUGCUGUGUCUGCUUGCUCUUUUAACCAUGUAAAUACCAAGAAUUAGCUUGGAGUUGUUGAAUCAGAUGUUUGUAUCUUA